AUGAAAAACAAGUUACAAAUUCACGUUGGAGGUGUUAAUAGUGCUCACAACCAAACUGUGAAGAAGUGUGAAGAUCUUAUGAAGCAAAAGCAACACAUUCAAAGUGUUUUUCUUAAGCAGUCAAAUCAAGAAAAAAUUGAAUAUCGGGCUCACUUAAAUGCAACUGUUGAUUGCAUACGAUUCCUUUUGCGUCGAGGGUUGGCUUUUCGUGGUCAUGAUGAAUCUGAUGAUUCAAGUGAUAAAGGAAAUUUCCUUGAACUUCUACAAUUUUUGGCGGAUCAUAAUGAAUCUAUCAAUAAAGUUGUAUUGGGGAAUACUCCGAAAAAUAAUAAGCUAACUCACCAUGAUAUUCAGAAAGACAUUGUGAACGCUGCUGCAUGUAAGACUAUCAAUGCUAUCAUAAAGGAUUUGGACAAUGAGUUUUUUUCAAUUUUAGUUGAUGAGUCUCGUGACAUAUCAGUUAAAGAACAAAUGGCAGUUGUUCUACGUUAUGUGGACAAAAAGGGCAUUGUUAUAGAGCGGUUUCUUGGUAUUGUACAUGUAUCAAAUACAACCGCUUUAUCACUUAAAGCAACAAUUGAAUCCUUAUUUUGUCGACAUGGAUUGAGUAUAUCAAAACUACGAGGGCAAGGCUAUGAUGGAGCCACCAAUAUGCAAGGUGAAUUCAAUGGUCUUAAAGCUUUAAUUUUGAGGGAGAAUGAAUCUGCAUUUUAUGUUCAUUACUUUGCCUAUCAACUUCAAUUGACUCUUGUAGCUGUUGCUAAAAAGCACAUUGACGUUGCUGAACUUUUUUGCUCUGUUGCUAACAUAGUGAAUGUUGUUGGUGGCUCUUGCAAGAGACGAGAUGCUCUUAGAGAUGCGCAAUUUGCUAAAAUAACAGAAGCACUAGACAAUAGUGAACUUAGAAGUGGGCGAGGUUUGAAUCAAGAGACUAGUCUUAAAUGUGCUGGUGAUACACGUUGGGGAUCACAUUUUGGGACAAUUAUCAACUUGAUUUUGAUGUUCUCUUCUUCGAUUAAUGUACUUGAGAUUAUUGAAGAGGAUGGCUUACAACCCGAGCAAAGAGUUGAAGCUCGUUCUAUCAUGAAGUUAAUGCUAUCUUUUGAAUUUGCCUUCACUUUAUACUUGAUGAAAAAUAUUUUAGGGAUUACAAAUGAGUUGUCGUUAGCAUUGCAAAAGAAAAAUCAAGAUAUUGUCAAUGCUAUGACACUUGUUAAAGUAUCUAAGCAAUGA